CCGAUCUCCCAGCCGCCGCCUUGAGACAGUCACGUGUUGUUAGUUACCGGCAGUUCCGGGAUCGCAGAGCGCAUGAGAGCACGUUACAUUUGAUCCUUAUCACGGGCACAGGGGACGCGAUACCAUCCCACCAUGUCUAGCUUGGCGGCAGCGAGUUGCGAGUCCACGCCUGCGAGCGCAGAAAGCCAGGAGAAGAAGCCGCUGAAGCCGUGCUGCGCCUGCCCGGAGACAAAGAAAGCGCGGGACGCCUGCAUCAUUGAGAAGGGCGAGGAGCACUGCCAGGACCUGAUCGAGGCUCACAAGGAAUGUAUGAGAUCUCUGGGGUUCAAGGUGUGAUGGCGGCCGGAAGCCGGAGUGUGUGGGAUUAAUCUUGUGUGCGGUUUGGAAGUUGUAACUUAUUUGCAGAAUGGAGAAGGUGAAUCCGGAUGCGGAAUACAGACGCUCUCUGUCCUCUAACGAUCAUUGUUACAAAGUUUUAUUUUUGAAUUACAUUAAAGAAAAGUAAAUUAAUAAGAAAAUAAGAA